CUUAUGAAUGUCUAACGGUGGGGGCGAUAGAGCGCCGUUUGUGACAUUUCAUUUCCUCAAACGAAGUAGAAAACGGACUCUACUUUCAAAUACUGUUGGGUCAUGUGUGCUUUGGAGUGAAACCUCCGUCUCAGGAAGUUUUUAUGUCUUUUUAAUGAUUAAGAAUCUGUAUUCUAGUAGCUGUUUUUUUUUUAAAUUUUUUAGAUUUGGUACAUGUUGGUGUUGACUUUUCAACCGGAGCUGUCGCUGUUAGCGAAUGGCUGUCAGUAGCUAAGAGCAGCGAUGUCCUCACCGUGGACAGAGCGGCAGGGACAGGUUGGAGACCUGAGGAGCCACAGCUUAGAGGAGCUCCAGGAGCUGCUGCUCCGGCAGGAAAAGAUCCUAUCUAACAAGCGGUUCUUGCAGACUCUUCCUGACAAAGGAAAGAAAAUCCAAGACUUUGCAGAGAAAGUGCGUCUCGCCAUUGAACAGUGCAGUGAGGAGGAGAGGAGGCAGAGCUUGAUGUCUGCUGCCAGAGCAGAGUUACAGUCCAAGUAUCACCAAGCUUUCUCUUACCAGCACCGUGCUGCACCCUUCACACCAGCAGCUUCAUGCCUGAAUGAAGAGAAUGAGGGUGGUGCAGGUGAUGGUGCACAGGACACAUCUUUGGACAAGCAGCAGGACCAGUGUGUCUCCACAGCAGAGACAGCUGCAGUGAACUCUGAUCACACCAAAGAAAGUGAUCUUGUGGUUGCCUUGGACAGAGUUACUCUGUCUGAAGCGAGAUCUGAAGAAUUUGAUGAACAAUUAAACAGCAAGUCAAAAGAUAACUACUUUCUUGCAAAGCAGCCGGCUAAAAAGCCUCACUAUAUAACUGUCUUAGAAAAAACCGAGAGGUCUGCAGCUCCCAAGAAGCAAAAGUUCAAACCAAAUCAACUUCCCCAGAGAAAUGACGGCUCUCCAUCAGGAUCUUUGUCUCCUGGGCGUUCUCCUGGAACUGCGUCGCCGCUCUCCGCUCUGGACAGGAAGGAGCGUGACAGGAAGCACCUGGAUGACAUCACUGCAGCCAAGCUCCCUCCUCUUCAUCACAGCCCAGCACAGCUCCUGUCUUUAGAAGAGUCGGCGGCUCUCGUCAGAGAACAGACGAAGAAACAGCAGGAGCUGCAGGCCAAACUGGCCGCCCAGAAACUGUCUGAAGGACUGAAGAUCUCUAUGGGGAGCUACACUCCUGACGGCGGCCCCAUGGCCGCCUACAGAGAGGUUCACGAUGAAGGAGCCCACCUCUCAUCUGAGGAGGACUGAUUUUGGAUGGACAGCUUGGGAAAACAGUGUAACCUUGGCCUCUGACGGAAAGAGGCUUUGGACCUCAUGGUUCAGGGUUUUCCAUUUCAAGACCAGAGAGAAAAUCAGUCCUUCCUCACUGUGAAUAACUUUUAGCCGUCAAACACUGAAGGAAACUGAUUGUCACUAAAUUUAUGUUUGGACCGGUUGUUGCAAAGUCUUGCCAGUAUACAACUACAUUGAAGUGACAAGGAGUCUUAAAAUGAUCAGUCUGGUGUGGUUUAUGUGAAGCUUCAGCCUAACUGUGUUGAGUAGGCACUAUGCAACAAUUAAUUCACACCUUUACAUGUUUUUCUCAGACCUGAUGGCUACAAGAUGUCAAACAAAACUUAAUAAAGCUUAAUUUUGAGCUUCUCA